AUGCGUCGCAGUUCCGUAGCCCGCCUGCAGUCCCAAACCUCCGAACCAGUAAUCGUCGUCGAAGACCAAGAAAAUGAAGAAGAAGCCCAAAAAAGCAGCUCGCAGCACAGUUCCGAAGACGAAUCCCCCAGCAUGAACCCCUACCUCCUCUCGCCCUUCGCUAGAGACAUUCGAAAACAUUCGCUACCCACGCCGCAAUGCAGCGGCAUCACCGCAAGCCAAAUCCGCCGCCUGUCAGACCGUGGCGGCGAGACAGGACCUGGUCCCAGACAAGCUGAGUUUUUGGCAACGCUGUCACAAGCGCCUCAGGUUUCUCCUGGAGGCCGACGUCACUCGGUCGUUACGAUAUCGAAAGUCCCCACCACGAUAUUCGGUAGAAACAGACGGGAAUCUGUUGCGGCAUUUCCUUCCAGUGGGUUUCCCCCACGCAUUCUUCCAAACAGGAGGGAAUCAAUCGCCUGUCCACCCUCAACUGAACGGGGUAGCGUACAUAACCUCCAGUUAGACAUUAUGGAUGAUAUAGUGCAGGCACGAAAGGUACGAAUGAAAGUAUGGAACACUAGCAGUGAGAAACUGUGCGAAGUCCAGCCUUUAGACGAGCCUUCAGGCAGCGUUCAGCGCUACACCAACUCGGGCCGAAGAUUUUCCGAUUUCGUCGGUACGACUCUGCCGCCCAUCGUGAGCUCGAGCAAGCGCAGAGCCUCCGAGCUGCCCCCUUUUCCUCCCGCCAUCGCAACAAGUAAGAUAAAGUCUGGAAUAGUAUGCACUAACACUGAUCUUAUCUCUAUUUUAUCUUCUCUUUCCACGUCUGCCACCGAAAUCAAUCAGUGGGAGAAGGAAGUCCAGACUCCUCCUCCGCAGCCGACAACAGCUAGGGCUGGUAAAACCACUGAGGAACAAACGCACAAGCCGCAUAAAAGCAGCAGCAGGUCAAACAGUUUCGACGUCUCCGUGUUGCAGGACUCGACCUCCAAAGACGCGGAACAUUCCAAACAAUUCCCUAGCCUUUCGAAUUGGUUCACGAAAAGACACCAGCCCAAAGCGCAGGAAACGUCGGGCCCUGAAAGAAAACUCUCCUUUUUGGAGAACUUGUCGAAGAAAAUCAUCGAAAAAGAGCCGGGACGGGUUGUUUGGGAUGAGAGAAGCGGAUCUCUGGUAGAUCCACAUGCGCUAGGAAGCGCGAUCGAAGUGUUUCUUAGGCAAUCGACCCCUGAUUCGCCAUCUGCAAAAGAGGCACACGCGUCUUCAUCAAACAGAGGUAGUAAACUGGCCGAUAAGUUUCUAGGAGCGGCUAGCAAAGUUAAAGCUAACUGGUUUUCUAAAGGAGACGAAGAUUCGACCGAAUCUUGCGACUCUUCCUUGUGCGCCACUCUCAAAGAUCUAUUUGUUAAAUAAUAUUACUCUUCCAAUUUUUAUUUGUAUUUUUCUAAAUGACUGUUACAUUAUAUCUGGCUCUAUUCAUUUAGAUAAACCGACUUUGCCUUCAAAACUAACGACUUCGA